AUGGUUUUCUUUGGUUGUGCUGUUCAUUUUGGAAUAAGAACUAAUCUCAGUGUGGCUAUAGUUUGUAUGGUAAACAGCACUGGGCUAAAUAGUACCACUGAUCUUAUUAAUAACCAUACUCGACAUUCCUUUCCAUUAUCGGAGAGUGGUAAUUUGGAUUGGAGUUCAAAUGAACAAACUGGUUUACUAAGUUCGUUUUUCUAUGGUUAUAUAAUCCUUCAGUUACCAGGGGGGUGGAUUGCUUCUAAAUUUGGUGCCAAAAGACUUGUUGGGGCUAUGAUGACAUUGGCAGGGCUAAUAACAAUUACCAUGCCAUUAGUUGCCAAAAAAGGGAUAAUAUACAUGUACAUAUCUAGAUUCUUAGUUGGGUUAUUUGGAGGUGCAAUUUAUCCAUCAUUGUUUUGUCUGUUUGGACGUUGGGCUCCGCCAUUAGAAAGAACUAAAUUGAUAGCAUUAGCAAGCUCAGGUUGUGCUGCAGGUGUAAUAAUUACAAUGACAGGUUCUGGGCUUUUAUGUGAUUAUGGUUUUGCUGGAGGUUGGCCGUCCAUCUUUUAUCUUACAGGAAUAUUUGCUAUUUUUUGGUCAGUGGUAUGGAUGCUUGUUGUAUCUGAUACACCGUGUACAAGUAAAAAUAUAACAGAAGAAGAAAGAAAAUAUAUUGUAGAUAGUUUACCUAUAACAACGGUAACAGUUUUGAUUUCAAAAAAGGUCCCAAAUACAGAUAUACCAUGGUUAAGUAUUUUAACCAGUCCUGCUACCUGGGCCUGUGCUAUAGGUAAUUUUUGUACAGAUUGGGUUGACUAUACAUUAUUAACAUGUUUACCGUUAUUUAUGAAAGAUGUUUUAAAAUAUGAUAUUAAAUCUAAUGGAGUAUAUUCAACAUUACCACCUCUAACAUCAUUCAUUAUGGCAUUGAUCUCCAGUUAUUUAGCUGAUACUUUAAGAAGUAAACAGUUAUGCAAUACUAUAAAUACUAGAAAAGCAUUCCAAUGCACAGGUAAGAUAUUAUUGGGAUUUCUAAUAGGCACUGGUUAUAUUUCUAUACAAGAGAGAUAUCUGGCUGUGGUAUUUCUAUCUCUGAGCACAGCAGCGUUAGCGUGUUCAUCAGCUGGAUAUAUAGCAAAUAUUGUUGAUUUUGCUCCAAGAUAUUCUGGUAUUAUUUGUGGAAUCUGUAAUUUUGUCGGUACUAUUCCUGGAAUGGUUGCACCUAUUGUAGCUGGUGCACUAACACCUAAUAAAUCACAAGAAGAAUGGAGACACGUAUUUUAUUUAGGAGCCUUAGUGUGUGUUGUUGGAGCUGUACUAUAUGCUAUUUUAGCACGGGCCUCGGUGCAAUCGUGGGCGAUUUCUCAACUAGAAAUAACUGUACCACUACCAAGUGAUAAUAUACAGUCGGACUCAGAAUUCCACUCCCCAAUAAACCAUUAUAUAUAG